AUGAAUGUCCGGCAGCAGUUCCCUGAUGUACACUGGAUCUGGAGUGGAGGCAUCUCCUUUGUGUAUGAGGUGCAGCCUCGUAUCGUGGUAAAGGUCCCCCAAUCUGGUGACUUCGAGAAAGAGCAAUUCCGGAGAGAACUCAAGAUCUAUGAGCUCUUGUCUCAACACCCGCCCUGCCCUUCCAUAGUCCAGUGUUUCCUCUACGCGGACAACGGUAUCUUCCUUGAAUAUAUGCGAGAUGCAAACCUCUCUUCAAGGAUACAAGAUAACCAUACUCGUGACAUGGAAACGAAAGUCGUUACUAAAGUGAAGAAACUGGAACCUCUAUCCCUACGAAAGGAAUGGAUGAACGACCUUGCACAAGCCGUUGCUUUUCUAGAGUCACUCAAUUUCGCACAUGGCGAUCUACGACCUGAAAACAUCUUACUUGAUCGAAAUCGAUUAAAACUGUCAGAUUUCGACUGUACAGAUGAAAUUGGAUCCGAUUUCGAAGCUUGUAUGGCCCCAUACGGAAGAGUACUCAACGAGCAGGAUGAGGGACGACGCGGGAGUUCCGGAUUCCUAGGCCCACGAACUGAGCAAUUCGCUUUGGGGUCCUUAUAUUACCUCAUCAACUAUGGUUUUGAGGUUUACGGAGAUCGACAGCUUACUGAGGAUCCUAAGGUGCAUGGAUGCAAAGUGGUGGAGUUGCUGCAGAACAUGGAAUUUCCGAAGUUGGAUGGUGAUCCGUUGUUUGAUGAUAUUAUCACGAAAUGUUGGCAUAACAAGUAUUCCACAAUUGCGGAAUUGGCUUCGUACACAAAGACACUGCUUGAAAGACACAAUUCGGGAGACGCUGAAGCUGAACAUAUACCCACACCGCAAUGGUCGGCAGAGGAUUUCUCUUCCAAGAAGGCAUUCUGUCGGGGCUUGAUGAAGGGUGGACUCCUUGAUUUGCUUUCUUCGGGGGAUCCAGAACAAUUUGGAUUCAAGAUCGAGUGGUAUAGGCAUUCCACAACUUGA